AUGACUCCAGUUCCUCCAUCACCUGUUCCUUCUGCAGUCUCUUCCACAGCAAACUCUCAACAUUCACAUGAUACUAGGGAUGGAGAACCGCCGGUAACACGCCCUCUAGCGGGCAUGCAUCUGUCCGCGGCGAACGGGGAUGCUCUCCCUCCACCGGCAUCCCCCGCCACGAAGCCCCAGAAGCCAAAGAUGGCUGCUCGUCUCUCUCGCAUGUUUUCCACCACUGGAAAAAACACGCCCACCUUUCACGAGAAACACGACGCACACCGUGAUCUAUCCGACAGCAGCUUGGACAGCGUCCAACCACCCCCCAGUACCAAAGAAAAGCCAACAUCAAAACCGACAACCCCAGCCAACUCAAGACCUCCCUCUCGUACGCCUUCCCGUCAACCUUCCCUCAAAAAUGAACCCAUCGAGGACAAGAAGAGGAAGCCGACCGGCAAGGAACAAAAAGAUGGCGUUCCUCCGCAUAAGCGUUUCGAGAUUCUCGCCGAAGCUCUCGGCAAUCACUCCCAUCACCUUCGCAGUGCAAGACGUCAGGAAAAACUGACCGAUCUACUCCGUGACAUGCUGGGUGGUGGCCGGAAGAAGGGUGGAGAAGAUCACCAGGUCGACGAGCAGCAGCUCUCACUCAUGUCGACUUGGAUCGACCAGUUCAAAACCGAACGGGACAAGCUGGCCCUCGAUAAAAAGGGCGGGCCCAAUGCCACCGCAUCCCUGGUAGACAAGUACGGAAAAUGUCAGGAAAUUGUCGGCCGCGGCGCUUUCGGUAUUGUCCGCAUUUCGCACAAGGUUGAUCCGCAGGACUCGAAAUGUGAGCAACUUUAUGCGGUGAAGGAAUUCCGCCGCCGACCCCAGGAGACCGCCAAAAAAUAUCAGAAGAGACUUACAUCGGAAUUUUGUAUCUCUUCAUCCCUGCGUCACCCCAAUGUCAUCCACACCCUCGACCUUUUACAAGACGCCAAGGGCGAUUACUGUGAGGUUAUGGAAUUCUGCGCCGGUGGUGACCUUUACACACUGGUCCUGUCGGCCGGAAAACUGGAGGUGGCCGAAGCCGACUGCUUCUUCAAGCAGCUGAUGCGCGGAGUCGAGUACAUGCACGAGAUGGGCGUGGCCCACCGUGACCUCAAACCCGAAAACCUGCUAUUGACAACACACGGUGCACUUAAGAUCACUGACUUUGGUAACGGCGAAUGUUUCCGCAUGGCCUGGGAAAAGGAAGCCCAUAUGACUGCUGGUCUCUGUGGAUCUGCCCCUUAUAUCGCGCCCGAAGAAUACAUCGAAAAGGAGUUUGAUCCUCGCGCCGUCGAUUUGUGGGCCACCGGAGUUAUCUACAUGGCCAUGCGCACUGGACGUCAUCUCUGGCGAGUAGCUCGCAAGGACGAAGACGAGUUCUACCAGCGGUACUUGGAAGGACGGAAGCACGAAGAUGGUUACGCGCCUAUUGAGACGCUUCAUCGGGCCCGUUGUCGCAACGUGAUCUACUCCAUUUUGGACCCGAAUCCUUCUCGCCGUAUCAAUGCCUCUCAGGUUCUCAAAUCCGAGUGGGUUCGGCAGAUCAAACUGUGCAAGGCAGGCGAAGAAGGGUUCUAA